AUGCCUACCAUCCGCUCCUUCUCAUCGUUAGCUUCACCCAAUAGCUUGGCCAGUUCGUUUUUAGCCUCAAUCGCGACUUUGCUCAAAGCCUGUAAAACCCAAUACCAUCUACAACAAGUUCAUGCGCAGAUUAUACACAAGGGUUUAGAGCAAGACUGCUUCCUCAUAACCCAGUUCAUUUGCCUCUGCAACACUCUCUCUUCCCUCUCUUACUCCACCGCCAUCUUCGACAGCGUUCACAGUCCCAGUACCUUUCUCUGGAACACUUUGAUCAAAGGGUACUGCGAAAGGUCGAGUUUUGCCGAUACUGUUGGCCUCUUUGUUCGGAUGAAGAGAGAGGAGGGUGUUCCAGAUAGGUAUACGUACCCGUCUCUCGUCAAGGCCUGCGCGAGUGAGGCGAAGGUCUGGGAAGGCAGGGCAAUACAUGGGUCGGCUGUGAGGUGUGGGGUUGAUGGGGAUGUGUUUGUGAGCACCAGUUUGAUUGACUUGUAUGGAAAAUGUAGGGAGAUUUUGUGCGCUCGCAAGGUGUUUGAUGGAAUGUCUGAGAGAAAUGUAGUUUCUUGGACAGCUAUGGUUGUUGGGUAUGCCAGUGUUGGGGACUUGGAUGAGGCCCGCAGGCUGUUUGAUCAGAUGCCGCAGAGAAAUGUGGUGUCGUGGAAUGUGAUAAUCAGUGGGUUUGUGAAAUUGGGUGAUUUGACAAAUGCUAGGAGGAUCUUUGAUCAGAUGCCUGAGAAGAAUGUGGUUUCUUUUACUACGAUGAUUGAUGGAUAUGCCAAGUACGGAGAUAUGGCGUCUGCAAGGUUUUUGUUUGACCAAGCCCCUAACAAAGAUAUUGUUGCGUGGUCGGCAUUGAUAUCUGGGUAUGCACAAAAUGGUCAACCCAACGAGGCUUUGAAGAUAUUUCUUGAAAUGAGUGCGAGGAAUGUUAAGCCUGAUGAGUUUAUAAUGGUGAGCUUGAUGUCAGCUUGUUCCCAAGUGGGUUGCUUGCAAGUGGCCAAAUGGGUUGAUUCUUACCUGAGCCAGAGCUCAAUUGAUGUUCGUCAGGAUCAUGUUCUUGCGGCUCUAAUUGACAUGAAUGCAAAGUGUGGUAAUAUGGAAAGAGCAACAAGUUUGUUCGAAGCGAUGCCUAAACAGGACAUGAUUUCAUAUUGUUCUAUGAUACAAGGGUUGUCGGUUCAUGGUCGAGGGGAUCAAGCUGUUGCCCUCUUCAAUAAGAUGUUAAAUGAGGGUUUGGCUCCGGAUGAGGUUGCUUUUACAGUCAUCCUGACAGCCUGUAGCCGGGCAGGGCUCGUUGAGGAGGGUUGGCAUUUCUUUGAAUCAAUGAGAUGUAAGUACCAUUUGACACCCUCUCCUGAUCAUUAUGCAUGUAUGGUUGAUCUUCUUAGCCGGUUGGGACGGUUAAAUGCAGCUUAUGACCUUCUAAAAUCAAUGCCUAUGGAGCCUCAUGCUGGUGCUUGGGGUGCCCUACUUGGAGCCUGUAAGCUAAAUGGCAAUAUAGAGUUAGGAGAAUUGGUUGCUAAUCGACUUUUUGAGAUUGAACCCCUAAAUCCUGGUAAUUAUGUGCUAUUGUCCAACAUCUAUGCGGCAGCGGACUGCUGGUUUGAUGUUUCUGCUGUGAGGGACAAAAUGGAAGAGCAGGGAAUUAAAAAGAUAAGCGGUUGCAGUUGGAUUAGUUUAAAAGGCUGA